AUCACACUCAACGCAUGGCGAAAGCGCACCCAACCCACGGCAUCACAAUUCCCCACGCUCUCCUCUUUGCACAUGUACACGCUGUCUUGAAUCUUGACAUUCAUUGCUUGCAAACAACAACCGCUUGAUAUUUGUGCUUUCGUCCACUCGGAACAUUUGACAACGAAGGUCCUCUUGUUCAGAGUGUCUCCUUGCCUUCACAGGAAGUCGUUCAUUGCUCUGAAAUCCAAAGAUUUGCGCUUCUAUCCUUGAAGAAGAGCGAAACCUCAAUUCCAACGGCAUCGGCGUGGACUCGACAAGCUAUCAUCUUCCUUUGACGACUUUCUACACCGACUUUCUUCACGAUGAACGACGUUUAUCUUCAUGCUGACACCGAUAUGAGCCGGUUCUAUCCGAAAGAGAAUGAUCCCUGGUACAAUGCGAAAUGGACCGAGCAACGAGCUUCCACCGUCAAGGGCGAAACCGAGGAUAUGUUUGAACACGCCAAGAAGAUUGGCAGCCGAGGCAUGAACACUUCAAUCGAUGCUCCUUGGUGGGUUCACCAAGGCUGGCGCAUUACCGACGUGUACACGAUCUUGAUCAUGGCCUUGUUUCUCGUUCCUUUGAUGCUCGUCUUGUGGCUUCCUCUCUUUUUCUGCCUGCUUCCUCCAGUGAUGUUGCUACGCCUUUACGUCGGAUGGCGGUUGCCUCAGCCGACGCAUCAAAUUCCUCGCCAAUCCAUCGAAUGGAAGUUCCAUGUGCUUGUCCAGUUGGUACUCUGCAUCCCUGCAUUCCUCCUGGCCAUGUUUGUGUUGGCAUACAGUCAUGUUGUCAUGACCAUCUUUGGAGGUCUGUACUUGACAAGCAGUGCUAUUGUGCAGUGCAAGCCCUACCUGCUUGUCGAACGAUUGCGACACAACAAUACCGUGCUCAAACCCUACCAAGGCGGGCCUUUCCUGCUCUGGCACAUUGAAGACAUUAUGGUGGCUGUGGCUGGAUCUGUGUAUCGACAGCAUUUCUUGGAAUUCAUGCGGACAUUCACCACCAUGUUCUUUGCCAAUCCGUGGAUGAAGUACUGGGUGACGGCCAACAUUUACCUAAGCAACCUCGAUGAACGCUUCCUUACGCAGAUUGGACAGUCCAUGGCUGACAUGAACCGAGAUGACAUUGACACGCAAGUCAUGCACGCCAUUUCACGGGCCAAAAACUCCGAAAGCAAUCGCAAUGAACUCGAUGCCAAGACGUUCGCGCCGCACUAUCCAUAUCCACCCCCUUCACGCCGCUACGCCAUUGGAAUGCAACAUGCCGGUCUCAUCACCACCUUGGUUCACACAACCCAUUAUCGAUCCCCACCAGUUGCCAACGAAGGACCCGUCGCCUCACUUUCCAAUUCUGCAGCUCUUCCCGUUUACCGUGUCAUGCUCUGGCGAAACAAUCCCUACCACAUUUACACUGGAUACGUGGAAGCCAAUCUUUCCAGCGGCUUUCCUACACAACCCUCCAAAAACUUGGGAGGAGAACACCCCAUGUGGUUGGUGAACAGUCACAACAAACUGGCCGCGGAUCGAAACUUGGCGUACAGCUUGGGCGCUAUUGACUCGUUUUUCGAUAACUACAUUCCUCAGUUGGCUCACUUUGUCCGACUCAAUGUGAGGGGCCGAGCGAUUGCCGACGAACAUUUGAAGCGGGAUAGACGCAUGGGGUUUGAACAAAUCCAAAACGAAAAGUUGGCGCUCAAGUAUCAACGAAUGGCAGAAUGCUGAACUCUGGGCAGCAGCCAGCAAACAAGUCUCUCUUUUCAUGGGCACAUUCAAGAGACUAGUAGGGGAAAGCAUCCAAGAGAUGCGAAGCAAGCAACAAAUAAAUGAUGACAGAGAAAUGGUACACGAUAGACGAGACUAUUAUUCACUCGCCAUUCUGAUCCUAUAGAAGUAACUAAAGACUAAACACCAAGACACAUAUUGCAAUCCGCGUGCUCGGAUCACAUAGCAACCUACUAGAGUAACGAGU